UCAUUUAUUAUAGAGGACGCCAUAUAUAUGCACGUUACAUUAUUUUAGUGUUUAAAGAGAGUCGUAAUUACUAACAGCAUGUCCCGUCUUUAGUGGGAUAAUUAUUAAAGUCAGUGCACCGAGCAGUCCAGUCGCUCAACAGCUGCAACAAGGAGGAGGCUGAGUGGAGGAGAAAGGAAACAAACAUGGCGGCCGGUUAUGCAUGGCUCCUGGUGCUUGGCUCGGUUUUUCUCUGCAAUCUUAUGAAAAUCCUUCUGCCGACCAUAUCUUCCUUCCUCUCAAAGAUGGUGCAGAAAGAUGCUGAGCAGGAGAGUGAGAUGAGGGCUGAAAUCCAAGAGAUGAAGAAGGAGCAGUCCUCCAUUAGCAUGAUGGAUGAGUUUGCUAGAUAUGCCAGACUGGAGCGCAAAAUCAACAAGACAACAGACAAGCUGAAAACACAUGUCAAAUCAAGAACCGCUCAACAAGCCAAAAUGAAGUGGGUUGUGAGCAUUGUUUUUUACAUACUGCAGGCUGCGCUGAUGAUUUCAUUGAUAUGGAAGUAUUACUCUGAUCCAGUGACUGUGGUACCAAGUAGAUGGAUUGCUCCCGUGGAGCGCCUCGUGGCUUUCCCAACAGGAGUGGCAGGUGGAGUAGGAAUCACAUGCUGGUUGGUGGUUUGCAACAAAGUAGUUACUCUGGCUCUGAAUGCUGUCAGCUAGAGUGUUUCCUAAUCCUGUGCUCAACAGUUUCCUUUGAUGACGAACGCUGCAGUUUUUGUUUUGUCGUUUUCAGUCAGCUGUUCCUAGCAAAGAACGUUAAAAUAAUGCAGUGCAUAUUGGUGAUCUCAAAUUGCAGCAGAAGUUUACUAUAAAAAGUGUUAUCAUUGUUAUCAUUGUUUUAUAAUUAUGUGGUUAUUUGAUUGUGUGUAUAUUGCUUUGAAACAGUGGUAUGGAAAUGUGGAAAUUAAUUUUUAUUAAAAAGAAGAAAAAA